GACCAGUCGACUCUUAGCUCGUUGCGGUGAAGGGGUCUCCGGUGCCCUGCUAAUAGUAACCGUCCCUGUUAGGCACUUUUAUGCAGUGCUCUGAAUUCUGACAGAAGCUUUUGUCGUAACUCUGCUUUUACUUUAGAAAUAUACAUAUAUUGCGUUCAUGUUUCAGUCUAAUUUUGCUUCUAAAUACAACCAGAGUUGGACCUGUCGCUUUGCAUCUCCACCACCUUCACGUUUUUUUUUUUUCUAUUCUUUUUCAUUCUCUGACAGUAGAGUGGAUUUGCAGGACUUUUUCCUCCCUAACACGCCGGGAAAAUAUGGUAAUGACAUUGGAAGCGCGUGCUGCUGGUUUGUGACAAUAAUACGAUGAGAUUCUCCCCGGCUGCGGAUUGAGCCCACGAGAAGAUUUUGUAUUUUUGGUGGGGGGUUAAAAGUCUUGUGGCGCCCAUUAAGGUUAGUUAUUAGAACCGAACAGACAAGUUUAGUCUGUGUCAAAAAGCCAGAAGAAAAAAAAAGUAAGUUAGUUGAUUUCUGCCUUAUUUUUUUAUUCUACAAGACAAAGUUGAAGAACUUUCCCGUCUCACUGCGAGGGGAGUUGUAUUCAGUUAAAACUAAAGUGUCUCUGUUUGGGAGAGCAAAGUGACGGAGCUGGUACCGCGCGCGGAUUUUUCUAUUUUUGUUUUUAUUUUAUUUUUUUGCUGUUGUGUUUUUAGAGGUUUUUCAGUGUGAGUCUACUUUAAAUGCGGACUGGCUUUCCAUCAGAGGUGAACAACCGCCACCAGCUUCCCCCUUUUCCACCUCCACCUGGGUUUUUUAAUCCCAAAUCUGUUCAUUGAGUCAACACCAUGGAGCUGAUGAUGUACAAAUGUCUGAUCCUGUUGGCGUGCGUCUGUCAUUGGGUCGGUGUGGUCUCAGCAGAAGAAGAGGUUCUGAUGAACACUAAAACUGAGACGUCUGAUCUCAAAUGGACCAUCUUCUCUCGCAGCAAACCAGAGUGGGAGGAAAUAAGCGGUUUGGAUGAAGAGGGCAUCAGCGUAAGAACCUAUCAGAUCUGCCAAACAGACAGUUCUUCCAGCCACUGGCUGCGCAGUGGAUUUAUCCAGAGACAGGGAGCAUCGCAGGUCUAUGUGGAACUGCGAUUCACCAUGAUGGAGUGCUCCUCCAGGGGCACACACCACCGCAGCUGCAAGGAGACUUUCAACCUCUACUACUACCAGGCAGACUCCAAUGAGGCCACAGCCACCUACCCACCCUGGAUGGAGAACCCAUACACAAAGGUGGACACAGUGGCCGCAGACUUUCUGCUGAGGAAGGGUGGGGAGCGGAAGUUUAACGUGAAGACCCUAAGACUCGGCCCACUGAGCAAGCGAGGUUUCUACUUGGCUUUUCAGGCUCAGGGCGCCUGCAUGGCCCUGCUGUCGGUCAGGGUGUUUUUCAAGAAGUGUCCUCCUUUGGUCAGUGCCCUGUCGUCUUUUCCUGAGACUGUGCCCCGUACCCUUGUGCAAGAGGCACAGGGCGAAUGUGUGAAGAAUGCCGCUCAGCAGGGGCCUCGACCUCGACCACCAAAGCUCUUCUGCGGCGAGGACGGUCAGUGGGUGGGACAGCCGACAACCUCCUGCGCCUGCCUGCCUGGAUACGAGCCAACAGAGGGUCAGACACUCUGCACAGCCUGUCCUGUCGGCCAGUUCAAGUCCAGUACAGAGGGGCAAUGCCAAAGCUGUCCAGGAUUCAGCCACGCCACCAGCAGGGGGGCAUCUGUCUGUGCGUGUCGCCCCGGGUUCCUGCGUGCACAGUCUGAUCCUCCUAACAGCUCAUGCACAAAAACUCCCUCUGCUCCACGCGGCAUCAACCCUCGCAUCAAUGCCACAACCCUCACUCUGGAGUGGAAUGAGCCUCUGGAUAGCGGCGGUAGAACCGACCUGAGCUACUCUGUCAGGUGCUCCAUAUGCAGGUCACCCAAGUCGCCCUGCCAGCCCUGCAAAGACGGCGUCAUCUACCGCCCAGCACAGGAAGACCUGCUAGUUCGAAGGGUGGAGGUGUGGGACCUGCUGCCGCACACCACAUACACCUUCACCAUUCAGGCUCUCAAUGGGGUGUCCAAGCUCAGCAACAAGGAACCUGCCAGCGAGAGCAUCAACAUUACCACCAACCACGAAGUCCCGUCGCUGGUGUCUGUGAUUCGGAAGAGUGACUCCACAGAAAGCAGUCUGACUCUGCACUGGUCCGUCCCGGCUCAGCCACGCUACAACGUCUUGCAGUAUCAGCUUCGCUACUGUGAAAAGGACAGACGCAGUGAUGAUCAGUGCUUCUUCACGGAGAGCAGCAGAAACCAGGUGGUGCUGACAGACCUCCGCAGGGCCACUCAGUACGAAGUGCAGGUUCGGGCUCGAACGCAGGCUGGUUACGGCAGCUUCAGUCCUGCAGCCAUCUUCCGCACACUGCCUGAUGGACAUGACUCUGCCUCGCAGUUCUUGGUGCCUGGCAUCCUUAUCGCUGUCGGGAUGCUACUGCUCGCCACUUUCGUCUUUGUGGCCGUCUACUGCAUACGCCGACACAGUCGCAUGAAGGAUUCAGAGCUGAGUGACAAAAGCGGCCAGUUUCUUGUUGGCCAAGGGGUCAAGGUUUACAUCGACCCCUUCACCUACGAGGACCCUAAUGAGGCCGUGCGAGAAUUUGCCAAGGAAAUCGAUGUUUCCUUUGUCAAGAUAGAGGAGGUUAUUGGUGCUGGCGAGUUUGGCGAGGUGUGUCGCGGCCGACUGAAGAUCCCUGGAAAAAAAGAAAACUACGUUGCCAUUAAGACUCUCAAAGGAGGUUACACGGACAAACAACGGCGAGAUUUCCUGUCUGAGGCUUCCAUCAUGGGCCAGUUCCACCAUCCCAACAUCAUCCACCUCGAGGGAAUAAUCACUGCCAGCUGUCCAGUCAUGAUCCUCACUGAAUUUAUGGAGAACGGAGCUCUGGACUCUUUUCUGCGGAUGAACGACAGCCAGUUUACUCCCAUCCAGCUGGUGGGGAUGUUGCGGGGCAUUGCCUCCGGCAUGAAGUACCUGGCAGAGAUGAGCUACGUCCACAGAGACCUGGCUGCCCGAAACAUCCUAAUCAACAGCAACCUGGUGUGCAAGGUGUCAGAUUUUGGCUUGUCCCGCUUCCUGCAGGAGAACUCCUCUGACCCUACCUACACCAGCUCUUUGGGAGGAAAGAUUCCAAUCCGCUGGACAGCCCCAGAGGCGAUAGCCUUCAGAAAGUUUACCUCCGCCUCAGAUGUGUGGAGUUAUGGCAUCGUUAUGUGGGAGGUCAUGUCUUUUGGAGAGAGACCCUACUGGGACAUGAGUAACCAGGAUGUCAUCAAUGCCAUCGAACAGGACUACCGGCUGCCCCCGCCGCCUGAUUGUCCCACCCACCUGCACCAGUUGAUGCUGGACUGCUGGCAGAAAGACCGCUCGGCGCGUCCUCGCUUCUCAGACCUUGUUAGCGCUUUGGACAAACUGAUCCGUAACCCUGCUUCGUUGAAAAUAGUGGCUCAGGAAGGAGCGGGAGAUCUGCUGCACAUGGGUGUGACCCUGGCUGGGCAUCAGAGGAAAAUCCUUUCCAGCGUCCAGACACUGACCUUUCAGAACAAGAACACAGCGACUGUGACUUUCUAGCCGCCCUGCAGUGAAGAAAAUGAAAAAAAACAAAAAGCAUGCAGGUGUGCAGCAGUUUGUUAAGAUCCGUCUGGGUCCUCCUCUGUUACCUACAGACUCCAAGAGCGCCGGAGAAUGUAUUCCUAACCUGGGAAAGGGAAAAACAACUUUGCCAAUGACGUUGACUAAUGAGAGGUGUCUAGAGAGCGGCACUAACCUGUCUCCACGAAUGACUGAGUGUGGUCGAGCAGACCGCCAGCUACAUUUUUACAUGUCUCAAGGAGCCAGUAUCUGUGCCAAACCAGAGCAUUGACACAUCAGAGUUCACUCACUUUCUGUAGUUUGUCUCUAAAAGUGGUCUGUUUGCAUUUUGGAAUGUCUAAGUUUCUGACCUCAAACUUAAAAAAGAAAAAAGAAAACAGGACAAUGUGCCCAUCUGAGAAAAUUGUUUCCGUAUUGGUGUGUUAUUAGAGAGAAGCUGUGCUUUCAUUCCAGGUGUCUAUACUGAGUCCCUCUGGAUUCAUCUCCGACACCUUUCACGACCUCCUCUUGUACUCAGGUGUGAUGAAAGAUGCAGACGCUGGACUUCCUCUGACCAGACUCCUCCUCUUCCUCAGUGUGGCUCCGCCUCUGUCAGAGCCCAGAGACAUAUCAGCACUUUCAUCAUUUCAGAGCGAACCAUGGUGAUUCCAUGUUUUUCCGUCUGCUGGCAGCUCCGUUUGACUAUAAUUGGCCUGAACAAGGACCAGGCGGACUCUGUGAGCUCAGCAGAGAUGGGUUUUCUUUAAACGGGAACAUAUGUGGCCUCCAACUUGUCUUCUUGAUAUUACUGAUUCAUUUUUUUUCUGUAUUCUCCAUCUUCUAGUGCCAUUACUUUGUCUUUGUGAUCUUAUAUUUUAUAAAACAGAAAUGUCUCCUGAUGAA